GCCAAUUGUCUCAUGGGGAAUGUCGCCUGCUGCUGCUCCGAGCCCAUCAAUUUCGACGGCGAUGUCGAUCUCUACCACUUCAAUCUACACAGAGCCGUCGGAAAGGGCGCUUUCGGCAAGGUCAGAGUCGUCGAACACAAGAAGUCGAAGAAGCUCUAUGCUCUGAAGUAUAUGGAAAAGGCCAAAUGCAUCAAGCAGAAGGCUGUCGCGAACAUCAUCCAGGAGCGGAGGUUACUCGAGGAGGUUGACCAUCCAUUUGUCGUCAAUCUUCGCUAUGCGUUCCAGGACGACGAGAACUGUUUCUUCGUCCUCGAUCUCAUGUUGGGAGGAGAUUUGCGAUUCCACCUAGAACGACUAAAGUACAUCCCUGAAGAGGUCGUCAGGUUCUGGAUGGCGGAGCUCUCGUGUGCCUUGGAGUACCUUCACCGGCAACGAAUCAUGCACCGUGAUCUGAAACCCGACAACAUCCUCCUAGACGCAAUGGGACACGCCCACAUUACCGACUUCAACGUCGCGAUCCACUACUCCGAACGGCGGUUACACACGAGCGUCGCUGGCAGCAUGGCGUACAUGGCGCCGGAGGUCAUCGGACGUAUGGGGUACACCUGGUGCGCUGAUUGGUGGAGUCUCGGCGUCGUCGCCUGGGAGCUGCUCUUCCACCGGAGGCCGUUUGACGGGCGCUCGUCGGAGAAGAUGAAGCACUCCAUUCUCAAGGACCAGGUUCGGCUGCCGUCGAACGCGAAGGAGAAGUGCAGCAAGGAGGGCCAGCGCUUUCUACUUUCUUUGCUCGACCGGAAUCCAAAGACGCGCCUUGCUUGCAAAGAUCUGGAGUCGGGCAUCGAGGAAGUCCGGAAUCAUCCCUGGAUGGCAGGGAUCGACUGGGAUAGCCUCGAGAACAAAGACGUGCAGCCACCGUUCGUCCCCGAUAUGAAGAAGGCGAACUUCGACGUUUCGCACGAACUCGAUGAGUUCCUCAUGGUCGAGAAGCCCUUGACACACCAGAAGCGCAAGCAGCUACAUCCCGACUUGGAGAAAAUGAAGCCCGAGCUCCGACAGCUCGAGGAGCAAUUUACGUUGUACGACUUUUCCAAGAACCGGCGCAUGUCGUAUUACCCGCACAACCAGCCGAUCACCUCGGUCGGACACGACGAGGCAGAGCCGAGCGAGGUUUUGCCAUCCACCACAAAUACGCUCCUCCCCACGGGCACUAUGAUCGACCGCUCCCAGGCGGGCUCGCCGAUAAACGAGGACGUCGGGCGGUAUACGCACCCACCUAUACCUUCACUCGCUGGACACGGCUCAGAAGACUCCCAGUCGUAACACGACCCUGCUCCGUCUCGCUCUCCUUCCCACCCUGGCCUUCUUCGCAUGUCUUUCGCCCCACGUCCUCUCUCCACAUGCCUUUGACGAUUCCCCCCACCCGCCUGCAUACCCGUUCGUUCGGAAUCCCGAGACCGGCUCCCCCUUUCCUUUCGUUCCCAUCGACAUCAUGUGGACUGCGCAUAUUCCCGACUCCUGCACGCACGCAUACCUACUUAUCGCUAACACCUAAUUUGUGUACUAGUACCGGG